CGGGGCCCGCCCCCGCUCCGGCGGAAGCAGGAGGCGGUGCCGAAGCCGGAGCUGGUUAACGGGGAAUGGGGUUGGAGGUGCUGCGGCCCCGGGCCGUGCGCUGGGCGCUGCUGACCGCCUUCGCGGCCGGGGUGCUGGUGGGCUGGCAGGCGGGCCGUGCCCGCCGCCGGUUCCUCCGCUGGCGCCAGCGCCGCCUCCAGCGCCGUCUCGCCGCCGCCCAGGAGCAGCUGGAGGCGGCUUGAGGCGAGGAGAGAGGUCCUCGCAGCCUUGGCCUCGGUGGACGUUGGGUGAGCAGAAACGGAUUUGCCCCCUGCGCCGCUGUCGGAGCCGGUUUGGAAAAGGGCUGGUGAGAAAUGGCGUCUCGUGGAAUACCGGGGCCUCUCCUCUGUCCUUCAGAAGACGAGAUUCCCAAACUGCGUCAGGCUAACCUAACAAAACACUGGGGAUACAGGAAUGACGGAUGACACCAGAUGUAUUUCCGUAUUUCAAAGGGUUGUCUGUGUUUGUCUUGCUUUCAGUCCGCUGCUGAGGUACGCUGCUCUGCCCUGCCGAGAAGCGCUGCUGAUACAUUAAACUAGCAAAAAUCACGA